UACAACAAGAACAAGCUCGUGAUCCCAAUAUACAAAAUAUUAUUCGUCGACUUCAACACAAACCGAAUAAUUUACCAUUUAUCUUUAAAGAUAAUCUUCUUCGUAAAAUAAUUACAAUCUCUCCUCAUUCUAAAAUUCAACGUAAUGUUAUUUACCUUCCAUCGUCUAUGAUCAAGUCACUUCUAUAUGCUUGUCAUAAUGAUCCUAUGACUGGAGGACAUUUUUCAGUUGAUCGAACAUACCACAAAAUUAAAAAUCUUUAUUGGUGGCCAAAAAUGAAAUUCUCUAUUUUCCAACAUAUCAAAUCCUGUCUUGCUUGUCAACAAUAUAAUGUCAGUCGUCAGAAAAGACAUGGUCAACUUAAUCCGAUUCCACCACCUGAAGGUCCAUUUCUAUUGAUUGGUAUCGAUUAUUGCGGUCCACUUAAAACAACACCGCGUGAAAAUCAGUACGUCCUUGUGAUAACUGACUACUUCACCCGACAUAUUACCGCCAUCGCCUUACCGAACUGCACAGCAGAAACGACCGCUCAAGCCUUAUUUAAUGAAUACUUUUGCAAAUAUGGUAUACCAAGUACUAUUCUCAGUGAUCAAGGUCCACAUUUCCAAAAUCAACUGAUGCAAAAUAUUCAAAAAUUAAUCGGAUACAAUCACAUAUACAGUACGCCAUAUCAUUCUCAAACAAAUGGCAUCGUCGAACGUUUCAACAGCACUUUUAUUCCACAAAUCUCAAAACUUCAAGAUACUGAAGACAACAAUUGGGAUGAAUAUUUGCAAGCUGUUGUAUUUGCCUAUAAUUCUGGCGUACACAAAACCGCCAAAUAUUCUCCAUAUGAACUCGUUUAUGGUCGUUCACCUCGUCUUCCUAUUUCUACACGAUCACCAUAUUUUUCUUUUUCCAAACCCAAUGAUUAUUUCAAUCAACUACAAAAAACAUUACGUAUUUUUCAUCGAGCAGCAAAACACAAUAUUAUACACCAACAAGCAAUGAAUAAAAACCGUUAUGACCAAAAUCGUCCCGAUCCGCAUUACAAUAUUGGUGAUAAAGUUUUAACUCGUAUUUAUGGUAUUCGUGGCAAAUUAGAUCCCAAAUUUUCUCCAAUACCGAAAACUAUUAUUUCGGUUAAUCAUCCUGUUUAUAUUGUGCAAGAUCCUCAAACGAACAUGAAGUCACAAGUUCAUGUUGCUGAUCUUCGUCCAAUUUAUAUUGAUUAA